CCAGAAAAUGGAGAAGGCUCCGGGCAGCGCUGACCUCCGCUGGAGCUCGGUGUCUUUACCCCUGGAUCUGAUUGUCGGCAAAUUCCGCUUACCUACCCUGGCCCGGCUCAGCACAGAGAUAGAAAAUAACAAUGGCCAUCUCUACUAUUGCUCAGAAUGAAUCCCUUUGGAAGGAGAGGAGUUCUCAAUUAUUGAGUUGAUGGAAUAGGACAAUAUAUAGAGGGAUUGACCGACCAGGAUCUAUUACUAAUCCAUUCAUGUAGGCAGUGGACUACGGUUACUGCACAUAGCUUGGAGGAGGGUCACUAUGUGAUUGGACCGAAGAUUGAUAUUCCACUACAAUACCUCGGGUGUGCGCUGGUAGAUCUUGCUGAGAAGGGUUGCUCCAUAUGGAAUGCCAAGAUGGAAGGCACACAACAGUGAAUUGAAAGGUGGGCAUGCAGCGCUAAAAGAGGUACAACAAGGAAAGUUUAAGUUGCUGGAUCAGGAUCGAGAUGUCAGGGAGCCUGUGCAGUAUUUUAACAGUGUUGAGGAAAUGGCCAGUGUUUUUCCAGAUCGUGUUUUCGUUAUGGAGGCAAUAACAUUCAGCGUAAAGGUGGUCUCUGGUGAAUUCAGUGAAGAUAGUGAGGUCUACAACUUCACAUUGCAGGCUGGUGAUGAGCUGACACUGAUGGGCCAGGCUGAGAUUCUCUGUGCCAAGACAGUAAAAGAAAAAUCCCGCUUCAACACCCUAUUGCGAAAAUUGGGCAAAACGAGCACUCUAAGCAAACAGGUCAAAGGCAAAAUGCCAUGCCUCAUCUGCAUGAACCACAGGACCAAUGAGAGCCUUAGCCUUCCCUUCCAGUGCCGGGGAAAGUUCAGCACUCGUAGUCCCCUUGAGAUGCAGAUGCAGGAAGGAGAGCACACCAUCCGCAGUAUUAUUGAAAAGGUUCGACUGCCAGUCAAUGUCACCGUUCCUUCUCGUCCACCCCGCAACUCUUAUGACCUCCAUUGUAUCCGUGAGGGACAUCGCUAUAAACUUGUCAGUAUUAUAUCAAAGACUGUAGUCUUGUGCUGUAUCAUUCGUAAGGAUGACAUUAUCCCUUUGCACUUUCUGCUGCUGUCAGACAUGCCCAGGUUUGUACUUCCUGAAGGGUUAAUCAGAGGCAAUCUUCUUUAUGAGAGGCUAGUGCAAGAAAUAACUUUGUUUAGCCAGGAGCGUUUCAAUGCUGAUGAGUACUCAAGGGCAGUCCGAGAAGUUAAAACAGACUUUACUGAUGACUGCACUACUCCAAGAAGAAUCAGAGUUUGCUUGCAAGGAUAUACAACUAAUUCACUGAAUUAUGCUCAGAAUGAGCUGACUGAAUCAUUUCAAAGGCUCUCCCUGUGUGCUUUUAGUGGUGCUGUGUUGCAAAACAGUGGGGAGGUUACCUUCCAGAAUUGUAGGGAUUCAAUUGGGGAGCAGCAGAUCAUGCCACAUGAAUUACUAACUCCUCCAGAGGUGGCUGACAUGGACAGAGAAUAUAUGACACCUGACUGGACAGAAAAUUACUUAAGGACUCAAGAACAGCCUGAAAUUCCCUAUGAGGAACUAUGGACCAAUCAAACACUCGAUAAUUCAAAGGAUUCCUGUGGUGUGGUGACAGAAAGUGAGAUCAAGACACAGCAGAGCUCCGUCACUUUCUACUCUCAUUCUUCCAUGUCCCCCAAUGAGGAUCCUGUUCUGACAACUCAUCUCACUAUGUUAAAAAUGGGAGAGUCGAGAAUGCUGAGCCCACCCCCUGUACCUCCAAAAUCAGAAGCAGUGAAGGAGGAAUGCCGUCUUCUAAAUGCUCCCCCUGUUCCUCCAAGGGAUGCUAAAGGUGUUCCUACCUCAAGCCCACCGGUUCCUCCACGAUUUGCAAAGGCCCAGCUCCAGCAAGCCCAUUCACCGAGCCCUAGUCUGUCCUAUUACUCAUCUGGUCUUCAUGAGAUUUCUGGAACUCGUAGUGGCAGCUGUUCACCAUCCCCAGACUCGUACUCACUUUACUGUUACCCAUGCACAUGGGGAGACUGCAAGGCUACAGAUUCUUCCAACCGUCCUAUAUCAGGGAACAUUUCAACAAAUACCCAGAAUGUACAGACCUCCUGGUCAAAUCCAUGGGCAUAUUCAGACAGUGUUCAAAGCAUGGCCAGUGGGCGAUCUACAUCCCAAUUAUCAGGAGAUGCUGUUCAUAAAAGUUACUACAGCUGUCCUCGACUGAAACCUCCAGGUUCUCAAAAACGGUUUGCUCCUUUUGGAGCACUAAACCCUUUUUCCAAUCCUAGUUACUCAUCUAGUACAUCAGCAACAGAUUGGUUGGAAUCUUCUGAUCAUCACACGUUUCCGUCCACUACAUCAGAGCAAUUUGAUCCUUUUGAUCCUAUAGUCAGUCGUAGUUCUUCUCCUGAUCCAGGCUCUGUCAGCAUUUCUGGAGAGUUUAGGCACAAGCAGGAAUUUAGAAACUGUGUUCAGGAUUCAUUGUAUAAACAGACUGAAAGCAUAUCUUGUCCUGUCCCACCAUCUCGGCCACCAAAGUUCUGUGAUUCAGACAACAUCAUCAUCAGGAGUGCAGCUUCUCUCUCCCCUACUAUUGUGAGAGGUGCUGAGGGUGGAGUCACAAGGGUCUAUCUCACACAAGGAGUUAUAGAGGUUCCUCCGGUGUCAUCAAGAAGUACUGCAGAUAUACCAGUUUCUAUCCCUUCAUCUAAUACCCCAAGUAUGCCGAAAUUAAAUGAUAGUGGCUCGAACUGGUAUCCACCAUCUGAUCUAUCUACUCUUUCUGUGGAGGAAGUUUCCAAAUGCCUACGGUUCAUAGGCCUUUCAGAAGAUGUGUUAACAUUCUUUAUCCGUGAGCGAAUUGAUGGAAACAUUUUUGUUCAAUUGACUGAGGAAAUCCUGUCUGAUGAUUUUAAACUGACAAAACUGCAAGUCAAAAAGAUCAUGCAGUUUAUUAAAGGAUGGAGGCCGAAGAUUUAACCUGAUUCUAUGUUUAGUUAGUCAGUUAAGAGUUAACUCUUUAAUUCAUUGCCUCUCACAGUAAUUUGAUUGGAUUUCUUUAAAAAAAAUUCCAGAUGUUUAAAGUGUCUCUUCUUUAACCAUAGAAAGUAACAGGAAUCUAGGUUGGUACGAAGGAUAGCUGUUACCAGCAUGUUAUAUCCAUUGUUGUUAACAUUGCACACUUGAAAGUUGCUAUAUUUCUUUUCCGUUUAUAUUUAACUUCACAAUAGGUUGAUUUAUUUUAGGAAUAAACAUGGGUUAAAGAGUUGAGUUAUUUUUGAAUAGUAGUUGAUGACUUAUUGGAGGUAGAAUAGCCGUCAGGUUAUGCCAGCAUAAGGUUCUCUCUUUAGUCAAAUUCAGUAUGUUUUCACAAAUGUUUAAAGUGCUACAACAAUGGAAAGCUAAAAUGCAAAUUUCAUUUCAAUUUUUAAUCAGAUAACUGCUACAGUUUCAAGACAACAAAAUGUGA